UGAUGGUAGGUAGCUUGCAAGUUGAGUCAUUUGGAAGCAUCAAUUUUCUCUAAGGAAUGCUGCAUACCAGAUUACUUUGUCUUUAAAUCUACAAGCCAGAUGAGAAGCUAGGUUAUAAUACAUUUUCCUUUUUUAGCUUGAAACUGUAUACUAAUUACAAUACCUCUUCUCUUUCCUGAAGGUAAAAUAAUACCCUACAAAUUAUGAGUUUGCGUCAUUUGCCCACUUAGUUUUCUGUUCUUUUUAAAAUGCAAAGCAUGACUCCAGUUUGAAAACAUGAAUUGGAGGAAUAAAUCUGAGCCUGAAGGCUACCGAAAAUUUGAUUUUGGUGGAGUAGAUGAUGGAUGGCUAGAGUGGAGCGCUAAUACAGCGCAUGAAGCAUCGCAUCACCAGCAGCAAGCAGCACAAAAUAGUUUGCUGCCUCUCCUGAGCUCAGCUGUUGAACCUCCUGACCAGAAGCCCAUUUUACCCUUGCCGAUAACACAGAAACCUCAACCCCCACCCGAAACACUAAAAGAUGCCAUUGUUGGGAUUAAAAAGGAGAAGCCGAAAACCUCCUUCGUAUGUACAUACUGCAGCAAGGCCUUCAGGGACAGCUACCAUUUGCGGCGCCACGAAUCCUGUCAUACUGGGAUAAAGCUGGUGUCACGGCCAAAGAAAGCCCCUGCCACAAUGGUGCCCCUAAUCUCCACCAUUGCAGGGGACAACAGCCGGACAUCGCUGGUUUCCACCAUCGCAGGCAUCCUAUCAACAGUCACGACGUCUUCCUCCGCUACCAACCCAAGCAGUAGUGCCGGUGCCACAGCCAUGCCAGGGACACAGACUGUGAAGAAGCCCAGCAAGCCCGUGAAAAAGAACCAUGCCUGUGAGAUGUGCGGCAAGGCAUUCCGGGAUGUCUAUCACCUAAACAGACACAAGCUGUCCCACUCGGAUGAGAAGCCUUUUGAGUGCCCAAUUUGCAAUCAGCGCUUCAAAAGGAAGGACCGCAUGACCUAUCACGUGAGGUCUCAUGAGGGUGGCAUCACCAAACCGUACACCUGUGGUGUUUGUGGAAAAGGCUUUUCGAGGUACCAUGUAGAAAAUCCCAGACCUGAUCACUUAAGUUGUCAUGUCAAGCAUGUUCACUCUACAGAGAGACCUUUCAAAUGCCAAACCUGCACAGCUGCCUUUGCUACCAAAGACAGGCUGCGGACUCACAUGGUGCGCCACGAAGGAAAAGUGUCAUGUAAUAUCUGUGGUAAACUUCUGAGUGCAGCAUAUAUUACCAGCCACUUAAAGACUCAUGGGCAGAGCCAAAGUAUCAAUUGUAAUACCUGUAAACAAGGCAUCAAUAAAAAAUUUGGUUUUUUCAAGCAAGAAAAUCUACAUCUUCCUGCGUCUUGUAUGAAUGAAGAGAGCAACAAUCAGAAGCAGCAGCAGCAGCAGCAAUCACAGCAACAACAUGUCACAAACUGGCCUGGAAAACAAGUUGAGACUCUGAGACUAUGGGAAGAAGCCGUUAAAGCAAGAAAGAAAGAAAGUCAACACACUCUGAGGCCAACUUCGGUCAAGCAAGAAUGUCAGUACAACUUUGAGAAGGCUAUAGAGUACGUACCAUUCGAAGCUGCCAACUUGUGCCAAACGUCCACUGCGGCCCCUACGCCUGUGACUCUCUCUACUCCCUUCAACAUAACCUCCUCGGUGGCAUCCGGGACGAUCACCAACCCAGUCACCGUGGCUGCUGCAAUGAAUAUGAGAAGCGCUGCCAAUGUUUCGAGCGCAGUUAACAUCUCCAGCCCAAUGAGCUUAGGCCACCCUGUUACCAUAACCAGCCCUUUGUCCAUGACUUCUCCGUUAACACUCACCACACCUGUCAAUUUACCAACUUCAGUUACUGCUCCAGUGAACAUCGCACAUCCAGUUACUAUCACCUCACCAAUGAAUCUCCCAACACCAAUGACAUUAGCUGGCCCUUUAAAUAUAGCCAUGAGACCUGUGGAAAGCAUGCCUUUCCUUCCCCAGGCAUUGCCAACCUCUCCCCCUUGGUAAAAAAAAAAUCUAGAGCAAAAACUUCAUGCAGUAUUAAAAAGAAGAAUAGAAAACAAGUCCUUAAGAGCAAUUAACCUUUUUAAAGUUCAUAGUAAUGAAACCAGGCUAACUCAUUUGAUGCAGAAAAAAAUCAUGCUCCAGUUUAAAGGGAAAAAACACCAUAAUCCAAUCCUUGUUCAGUUGGCUGGCUGUUGACUUAUUUCUGGGGCUUUUUCUUUCCUUUAAACUGGCAAUGAUGGUUGAAGAAGAUCAGAUGAGAACUGAGCCCAGUUCCUAAACUUUUUUUUUGAAAAGUUAUCAUUAAUGGUAACUGAGGAAAUUGUAAAUGAAACAAAAACCUCUUUAUCUAAACACUAGAAGACUCCAUAUAUGGAGAUUUCAAUAACUACGGUAUGGAGAUGAAUCACUUAACUGGCCAGCUCUGUGACUCUCUGAUUGAGAAAGUAUUGUAGCGUUGUUGUUUUUUAAGUAAAUACAUUUCAUGGUCCUAUUUUUAAAAAAAAUGCAUUUUAAGUAAUUAUGCAUUUUACCUUUUGGGAAUAUGAUGAUUUCAGGCCGAAUUCCCUAUGGGAAAAGUGAUACCAACUCUGAUAUGCAAAGCAUAUGGUAACUUUUAUCAUUCUAACUUCUAAAUAACAAUAGGGAUUAUGACCUGGUAUUUUGGAAAUGUAAAUAGUAAGUGACAUAUUACCCUAAGGGAAUAUAACCUAAUAGUCAGCAUAUUAAAAAGAAGAAGAACUGUUUCAUGUUUGGCAAGGAACAGCUGUGGCUGGUAGAAUAGGAUUUGAAAUCUACGUGAAUGCAGUCUAGUCGAAAUCCAGCUGGGACUCUUUUAUUAUGGAGAGCAUACAGAGAGCUUUGAAACAUGGAAAAAUGGCUUUAAGCUUGAAGACUGUGGAAGUGCUGGGUAGAACAUGUGUCUAUUCUCACUCUCUCAAGCAGAACCUGCUGAUGUGACAAGAGAGCAGGUGGUGUUCGCUGAAAUAUUUUUUUUUGUCUUAUAUUAUAAAAUGGUAUACAGUUUUUAUUCUAACCACUAACUAGUUAGGAUGCCCCUUCAGGACAAGCCAAGAGAGUGCAUCUUAUUAUUUUGUGUUUCAUUUUUUUACCUUUUUUGUUCCCCCCUUUAAUCAAGUGUUGUGCAGAUUUCUUCAACUUUGUAAAUAUUUGCAGAAGAAGCAACAACCAUCAUUUGUACUUUUAGUUAAUUGUGUUAACAAAUAGUUAUUGAUUUGUGGAGGUUUUUCCCAUUAACUGACCUGUCCAGUGAAGGGAAAUCCUCUCUUUCCCUGCCAAACAGUCCCAUUAAAAUACCCAAGAAUACAUCCUUUAUUUUAUCUGUACAUAAAGUAGGAUGGAAAAUCUAGGGAAGCAAUUUUUUUUAGGCUAUCAUGUCGCAGUCACUUUUUAAUCUUUGUUUUUAAAGACGUACCCUAUAGCCAAGACAGUAUAAGAAAUAAUUGGAAGGGAAAAACUGAGGGGGCUUUUGCUCAGAGCAAGGAUGCCAAUCCAAUAGCAAUCAAUAUUUUCAUUUAAAAAAAAAUGGGAUGCUGGCAAGCCUGAGAGGGUGGAAGUCUACUGUUUUUGUGUUUAUACCCAUCGUGUCAGUGUAAAAGCAACAUAUUUCGUAUUUCUGAGGCAAAUGUCUGGGGUUAGACUGAUGUCCAGAUUAUGUGAAAAUGGUUCUAGGGGCUUGGACUACAUAGUAAAAAUGGGGGAAAAUAAUAGAAUUUAGUGUAAAAUAAUUUUAUAAAUGAACUUUUGUACCUUAGGACAUCAAAUUGUACAACUUUUGUAUAUAUAAAAGCUUAGGAACUUCCUGUGUAGCAAAAAGAACACAUUCCUACACUUUUAAUGUAUAUGUUUGUUAUAAUGUCAUGUAAACAUACGCCCCAUGUUUGUGCCUUUUAAUUAGUUUGUCUCAAUAAACAGAAAUGUAGAGA